AAUUCACUCGACGAAACACCAUUCAAAAACCGUCAUUAGACAGAUAUACACCGUAUACACUCGUUAUACCCUUACCUAGCUCUUGCCGAUGCUCGUGUUUGGUAUCCUUUCCCCAGAGCGUGGCUUGUGUGCUGAAUGUGCCUCUUGAAAUUGGUUAUAGGACUUGAAAAAUCCCCGUAAAUAUCUUUGAUUAUUGAUUAGUUCAAAAGUACAACCUUAUUCAAAGAGUGGUAUGCUGUAGGAGGUGGGUGAAGAUUUCCUUCCUCAACAGUACUAACCACUUGGUUAAUGCAUAAGAUCCUUCCACACAGCAGCAGAUCUAUGAUAAUUGCAGGUUAAAAGGAAGACAAAAAUGUCAAUGCUAGAUUUAUUGCUGGGCAAGAACUUCCCAGGGGCCAAAUGCAAAACGUUGUUGAAGUUGAGUCUUGCACGUAUUAAGUUACUAAAAAACAGAAGGGAAAUGCAACUGAAACAAAUGCAGAAGGAGGUUGCACAAUUUCUACAGGCUGGACAAGAGGCUACUGCACGCAUUCGGGUGGAACACAUCAUACGGGAGCAAAACAUUUUAGCUGCAUAUGAGAUUCUGGAGCUAUUUUGUGAAUUAUUGGCUGCUCGGCUACCAAUUAUUGAAUCACAACGGGAAUGCCCCCUGGACUUACGAGAAGCAAUAGCUAGUUUAAUUUUUGCUGCACCAAGAUGUUCUGAUCUACCAGAGCUAUUACACAUACGCAAUUUGUUUGGUGCAAAAUAUGGAAAAGAAUUUAUUGUAGCUGCAACAGAGCUCCGACCUGAUUGUGCUGUUAAUCGUCAGGUCAUUGAAAAGCUUUCAGUUCGAGCACCAGCUGCUGAGAUAAAAUUGAAAACAUUGAUAGAUAUAGCUGCAGAACAUGAUGUAGAAUGGGAUUCAUCUGCUACUGCUUCAGAGUUCUUUAAGCUGCAUGAAGAUUUGCUGUAUGGAAUUGGAGCAAAUCACAUAUCUAAUGGGGUGAAGGUGCCAAUCAAACCAAAAGAAGAAAAUGAGUCUUGUCCAACUCCAGAUUUACUUACUGACAAAGGCCCUACAUCAGGGGUGGCUUCUGAUAUUUUAGACCUUCCAACAGUCCCUAACAGGGCAGUCCCUCAAAGAAUAGAGCCACAACUUGGAAUAGGAAGGGACUCACAAAGCGCUGUAGUGACAUCAGAUCCUGUUAAACAGAUUUCAUCUGAGGUUAUUUAUUCAAUAGGGCAGCCUGAGAGCUUGCAGGUCAGAUCCACCAGCUCACAUCCUCCAGUUGUGAAUAAAAGUACACCUGCUUCAUCUUCUUGUGAUUCCACUGGCAUGUACAGGGAGAAGCAGUUUGUUGGCUUUGUUUCUCCCUCAUCUUCUAACAUAGCUGCUGGUGACAAGAAACUAACUAGCACACAUUCUGUUUCAAAUUCUAAAGCUGAAGUCAUUGCAGAUCUUCAGGAUAUCUUAGCUGUUGCCAAAACAGCAGUAGCAGCUGCAGAUCGUGCAGCAGCAGCUGCUCGUGCUGCAGCAGAUCUUGCUAAAGUUAGAUAUUUUGAUUUAAGCACAAAGUCUAUACAUGGCAUAAGGGAAGGUGUUAAUGAGAGCUCUUCCUUUGGGAGAGAGGAAUAGGAAUGAAAUCUAAUUGCCAUUUCACAUGGAAUCUUAAUGGCUUUUGACCUCUGGGUGAGGGCUGUUAUAAGCUUAUUUUAGAAAGAUGAUGCAAGGAGAGUAAUAUUCCAGUGCAUAAAAUGUUAUGUUUGAGAUGGGGAAUACCCUUUGAAAUGGCAGUCAUGUUUGAGGUCCUUUAGUUUGCAAUGUAGCACAUCGAAAUGGCUUGUCCACCAUGCAUGCUACAAGCUGAGUAAAUAAUCAUAUAAUAAGGAGCUGAAUAAUUUGAAAGGAUUCCAGAACUUUUAACUAGAGGAGAAAUAUGGAACAUCCAAGUAUUUGUUGUGGUUAGCUGGGUUUUUGUGCCAAGAAAUUUAGAUUUAUGCCAUUGCCAACCAAAUAUUUGGAUAAUUUAAUCAAGCAAAGCUCAAAAGAUAGAGUGACAUCGUGGAUAGGCUAAAAAGUUAGACUAAUAAUUGUAUUGGGAGAUUGUUUGGAUUCAAUUAUAUAGAACAAUUUUAUGCAGGUCCUUACAAUUUUAGAAAUGAGGCUGGACCACUCCUAAGCAAUUCUGCACCAGGAAUGUAUCAAUUUGCAUUAUAGAGAGUUCAAGAGCACAAAGAUGGAGUGAUGUAUAAUAAUUAACCCAAAGACUAACAGAAUUAUGUCUAAAGAAGAAUACCCAUUGUCCAGUGGUUUCUCUUCGGAGAUUGAAGCCUGUGUUUAGGCAAUCUGUUGUGAGAAGAUCAGCGAGCAAUUUGUUGUGAUGCUAUCUGCAACUAAGGUUCUGCAUUAAAAUUGUUGUUUUGAUGUGUAAUGUUUUUUAGUUA